UGGCUCACUUCAGUUCAGUGUUUAUUUUGCGUAUUAGCCGGUUUAAACACUAAAUACCUAUAAAAUGGCCCGUAAUAUUGUAAAACUAGGUGCUUUAGAAGCCCAGAGAACAGCAUUCCUCCUAUGUGAUAUUCAGGAGACAUUCAGGCCCCAUGUUAAACAUUUCGGCGAAGUUGUUAAAGUUGCUAAUAAAAUGAUGGUAGCGGCAAAACACUUCAAAAUCCCAGUAUACGUCUCGGAGCAAUACCCGAAAGGGCUUGGACACACAACUAAAGAUAUUGAUGUGUGCAACGCAGCCUUAGUUUACGAGAAGACUAAGUUCUCUAUGUACACUCCGGAGUUGCAGGAGAGACUGAAGAGAGAUGUGCCGGCGUUGGAAACGGUGGUUUUAUUUGGGAUUGAGGCCCACGUAUGCAUCGAGCAGACAGUGAUAGACUUGCUGAAUGAAAAUAUUUCAGUCCAUGUCUUGGCUGAUGGCGUGUCUUCCAGGUCUUUGAUGGACCGUGGCUUGGCCUUGCAGCGCUUCCAAACCAUCGGCUGCUUCGUCGGAACGUCAGAGAACGUACUAUUCAAGCUGUUGAAGGACAAAAAUAAUCCGGCUUUUAAACAGAUUUCUAAACUCAAUGUUACACCUACUCCGGACGAAUUUGGAGCGCUAACAUUAGACAACGAAUUACAUUAAUACGUAUACAGGCUGACCUUAGGCCAUUGGACAAGCCCUGAAAUCCCACGUAGGGUUACUGCUAAGAAAUGCUCGAACGGUAAUAUUUUAUUAAAUAGAACAAAAGUUAAAGAAAUAAAUUAUCAAACAAAAGUUAUUUCCAAUAAUCGACAACAAAAAGAAACAUACUGUAUUAAUCAUUGGCAGUGCUUUUGACAAUUUGUUUGAAAAUGUGCGGCAAUGAUGACAUUUAUCCUUCGAGCAACACGGAAGGGAGGCGGCAUUCGCACUAUUUCCCCUCUGCCGAGGUACAAGAUUAGCGCGUCAAUCUAAUAUAAUACAUAUAGUUUUUGACAGUGUAAUUAAUUUCGCCAUCAUAAAUCCGCAGCUAACUCCUGCAUCAGUGAACUAAAAUAAUUAUUUGCUUUUAAUUAUCCGCCAUUACAUUUCACUUCAAGCUGUCACAGAGCAAGCUUACGAUACAAAAUGGAAACAUCUGCAACCAAAGCAGAUAGGGUUAAGGAAAAAAUGUGCAAUUACCUUCUUGAGUGUUACAAGUAUUGACUUUAAAUGCUAAUAUACCAUCUAAAGCUGAAAGUAUCAUCUAUAUGGCCCUACACUACUAGGUACUCAAAUAGUUAGGAUUCGCUUAUUUGGCACCCUUUUAAAUCCUAAAUACUUAAUCAACGCUAUUACAACACUACUUUAGCGCUCUUCUACUACAACAGUUUGUAGUCACCUAUAUGCAACCCAUCUAGCUCCUAAAGAAUUAAUUAACACUAUUGUAGCUCCACUAUACCGCUCUUAUGUCUCUUUUUUUAUCCGCUAACCCUACUGUAGCACUGUUAUAAAUCUUAUGGUGAUAAAAUUUGUGCCCAAUCGGGUUAAAACGGGGUUAUAGCCGGCUAUAACUCAUAUUUUUAGAGAACUAACAACACCUAAAGAGUAAAUAGGCGCUUAUAUAAAUCUCUUCUAACCCUUAAAUUUAGCGCCUAAUGUUAGUUGGGUUUCUCAUAGUCCACAAACGCUAAGCAUAAUGGCAAGUUAUACUCUUCGGUCUUCUGUAUAACUUGCCGCAGCGUAUGGAUGUGGUCUAUGGUACUAUAGCCUUUUCGGAAACCGGCUUGUUCGGGAGGCUGGAAGUCAUCAAGUCUGUGUUCGAGACGGUUCGUGAUGACCCUUGAAAACAGCUUAUAGACAUUGCUCAGAAGCGUGAUGGGUCUGUAGUUCUUCAACAGGCUGUUAUCACCUUUUUUAAAAAACAGCACCACCUCGCCUCUAUUCCAUGUUUCAGGCGUUUUGCC